AUGAUUCAAAGACAUUUUCUGGCCAUUUCCAAGUUCCUUCGAUACGAAGUGAUGCGCCAUAAUCGCUCCCAUUGGAAAGAGAAACCCAUUGAAAUCCACUGCGACACUCUAGACUUCAAUGAUACCAUCAACAGAUUUCGGUGCACGCCUUUAGACCCAUUCAAGUCGCAUUCCAGUGCAGACUCAUUCUUGGAUUUACACGAAGUCACCGGCUACCACAAGGUGAUCCUAAUUCUGACCUUGGUGGUCAUCUUGUUUCUGGCUAUAGUAGGCAACAUUCUGGUCAUGGCCACAGUGAUGUUCAACAAAGUGAUGUGGACCACAAUGCACGUAUUCAUUGUGUCACUGGCAGUCAGUGACACUUUAGUAAGCAUUACGUGUAUUCCAUUGAACUUAAUGUUAGUCGCUAACACAGAGUUUAUGUUGGGGGACAUUGCCUGUCAACUUAUGACCUUCUUAAUGCAAUGCAGCAUCACUGCCAGUACCUUGACCCUGUGCUGUAUGGCCGGUGAGCGAUACUUCGCUAUUGUCCAUCCUUUGCGAUUUGGAUUUGUACAGACACUUCACAGAGCCAUCCUUAUACUAAUCCUUGUUUGGUUGUUGGCUCUGCUCACCGGUUCACCGUAUCUCUAUUUCUCCAAAGAGUCCCAGCAUGCUUACUGUGGAUUCAGAGAUGGCUAUGACAGAAUCGUCCUGACACUUCACUGGCUGAACGUGGUUAGCUGUUAUUUUCUUCCUAUCGUGAUUAUACUCAUCACUUAUGGCAUCAUCGUGUACAAAUUGUGGGUGAAGAAUGUGAUCAAGGGUGACUCGCAGAAAGAAACAGGUGAAGAAACAAGAGAAGAGACCGAGACAAAUAGUUCAACCAACGCUUUUGCUACAGACGUCCAUGACGUGAGUGCCUCCAUUAGCCAGAUAGAACAAGACAACGUCGUGUCUUACCUCAAGCCUGUAGCUGAGGACAUUAAAGACAUCUGUCAAUCUGUCAGUGCUGAUGAGAGGAACUCGAAUCCUGAUGGCUGCACCCAGAUGUUUGGCAAGAACUUUGUGUGUCUAGCUUUGCAGGGAGAACGCCAACUCCAAGGAACCCAUCGGCAAGGUCUGCACCCAACAAAUUUUUGUCCUGCUGACGAGACCAUAGUGAGAAGCCCUGAUGAUGGUCAAGUAAGUGAACUGGAGCCUGAUGCUGAAGAUGAGGGUCCUUCGCAAGUGGAGUGCUGCCAACUUGCUCCACUAGUUUGCCCUCCGGACAAGCCUGAAGAUGAUGUGUGCCACUAUUUCCCCUCCUGUGGACCUGAUACCCAUUCCCAAAACCCGUCUCUUGAAAGCCCUAUGAAACAACCUGAUAGGCCAACGAUCUUGGUGACCCCAGUCCUGACAUCCUAUCCCUCCCCGUGUGUUAAGUGGCUGCCCUCAGAAGUGAGCGAUCGAAGAAGGCGACGUUUGCUGAGUCCAAAGUGCACGGCGAUGCAACCACGACGUCAGUGCAGCCAGGUGAAGGUCAACUGGAGCUCCAGUCGGUACUGUAGUGCUCAGUGUGACUGGUCAAAGAAACAGUGCCUGGCAUUCAGCAGCACGGCCUUGAACCCAUUCGUGUAUGCCUUUCUGAAUAAUAAAUUCAGGAAGAGCUUUAUUAACUUCAUGCCCAGAAGAUCAAGACGAGUAGAGCCAAUGAACGUCCCUGACCCUCCCCAGCUUCCUUCGGAUGCAGCCUGCAAUAAAACAGGAACUUCGAGCGAAAGUUAUAAUUCUAAAUCAAGAAUGUGUUCAUUGCGCUCCACAAAAUCCACAGAACUUUAA